UGUCAUAUAUCAUCGGGUGUACACGGCAUAAGAAUUUCUCCAUAUAUGCAUGCAGAUCCGAUAUCAAAGUUAGAAACCAAAAAAAAAAAAAAAGAAAAUAAUGAUCAAAAUGGCGAACUGCUCAAUAAAACAUCUGUUAACCAUAAGUUUCUUGGUUUCAUUUGUAUGUCUUUCACAUGGUAGAGUAAAUCCUAGCUUUAAAAUCAAAGCAGUUAAUCUAGGAGGCUGGCUUGUCACAGAAGGAUGGAUUAAACCUUCUCUUUUUGAUGGCAUCCCCAACAGUGAUUUCUUGGAUGGCACUGGACUUCAAUUUAAAUCAGUUGCAGUUAAAAAGUAUCUUUGUGCUGAGUUAGGUGGAGGGAAUAUCAUUGUUGCUAAUCGGACAUCUGCCUCAGGCUGGGAAACAUUUAAAUUGUGGAGGAUUGAUGAUUCCCAUUUCAACUUCAGGGUCUUCAACAAACAAUUCAUUGGAUUGGGAAGCAAAGGCAAUGGGACUAAUGUAGUAGCUGUUUCUAACACAACAGGCGAAUCUGAAACAUUUGAGAUUGUCAGAAAUUCUAAUGAUUCUAGCCGUGUUCGAAUCAAAUCCUCCAACGGGUUCUUCUUGCAGGUGAGAACAGAAGAGUUGGUGACAGCAGAUUAUGCAGGUGAUACUAAAUGGGGAGACAAUGAUCCAUCAGUGUUCCUGACGACCAUUUCAGGAAGAAUGCGUGGAGAGUUUCAAGUCACUAAUGGUUAUGGUCCGGAAUCAGCCCCAAGAGCUAUGAAGGAACAUUGGAGCACAUUCAUUGUGGAAGAUGACUUCAAAUUCAUAAGUCAAAAUGGACUUAAUGCUGUGAGAAUACCAGUUGGUUGGUGGAUAGCAAGCGAUCCAAAUCCUCCAAAGCCUUAUGUAGGCGGCUCUUUGCAAGCUUUAGACAAUGCAUUCUCAUGGGCAGAGAAAUAUGGGUUGAAGGUUGUAAUUGACUUGCAUGCAGCUCCUGACUCUCAGAAUGGCUGGGAACACAGCUCUUCUAGAGAUGGUUCUCAAGAAUGGGGCCUUACUGAUGCAAAUAUACAACAAACAGUUGAUAUUAUAGACUUUUUGACAGCCAGGUAUGCAAAGAGCUCAAGCCUGUAUGCGGUAGAGCUCAUAAAUGAGCCUCUUUCGCCAGGUGCAAGUCUAGAACGUGUGACCAAGUAUUAUCAGGCAGGAUACAAUGCAGUCAGGAAGCACUCAUCAACGGCUUAUGUAGUGAUGUCAAAUAGACUAGGAUCUGAUGAAGCAAGAGAGCUAUUUCCUCUUGCUAGUGGCUUAAGUGGAACAGUUAUCGAUGUCCAUUAUUACAAUCUCUUCUCUAGCAUAUUUGACGACAUGACUGUCCAACAGAACAUUGAUUUCGUCAACACUAAUCGGUCUGCUCAGUUGAACUUUGUCACCACAUCAAAUGGCCCUCUCACUUUCGUUGGAGAAUGGGUGGCAGAGUGGCAAGUUUCAGGGGCAACAAAAGAAGAUUACCAAAGAUUUGCUAAAGCCCAAUUAGAAGUAUAUGGACGUGCAACUUUUGGGUGGGCUUAUUGGACUCUUAAGAAUGUAAACAACCAUUGGAGCCUGGAAUGGAUGAUCAAGAAUGGUUACAUCAAGCUGUAGAUGAGAUAACUUGAGGUUUAAGGAAUACAGAUAUUUAAUUACUAAAACUACAUUAUACAAAGAGGGAAGGAAUUUUAUUAGAAUUAUCAUUUGCCUAUUUUGGUGGGUGCCCUACUGGUAUCAUAUUCAAGGAGAUAUUUUUGCUGGGUGGGUGUCAUCCUUUUACUAGUCAUUUUAAUGGAAGCAACCCAACGAACAUCUAUACAAUUAACCACUUGUGGAAACACUUGAUUGCUAAGCAAUGACUUUGCUUAAGAAUUUAGUGACAGAUCAUUAAUUAAUUAAUUAAGAGAACAACUGCUGCUAGAUUUUUUUAAUCACUUCUUUUAAAUUAAAUUAUUUUAAGCGAUUGGAAUUCAGAUGAUGAAAUAGGCUAAUAACAAAUGGAAGGAGUUUUAAGAAUUUUUGGUCCAGCAAGCAUAUAUAUCUCCAGUAAUUUCAGGAAAUGAGCUAUUCUGAAGAGUGAGUUUCAAGGUUUUGGAAUUGUUUGCUCAAUGAAAAGGGACCCAGUUGAUGAGUAGGCCUAAUUUCAAAGUAAUUGCUGUGCCCCAGUAAUCAUUAUCAAUUGAUGUCCUACUCAUUUUUAACAUCAAACAAACUAACAGCAGCGUUAUAGAAUCAGAAAAUAGACAAUAUGAAAAGUGGCCCUAUUUCUGAGAGCAAUCUUUUUCUAUUUAUCAUAUUAUUUGUUUUUUUAUAAUUGGGUCAAAACUUUUUCUCAUUAUUUUUAAUUCCUUUCUUUCAGAAAUUUCCUUAACUAUUUUCAAAGUAACAAAACAUGAGUAAAUAAUUAGUAAGUCGUAUUAAUUAGCUAUAUCUCUUCACUAAUUUGCCUUAAAGUAAACUAUUAAAACCUUCCUUCAAAUUCCAAAGCUAUUAGUUUUUCAGAGCAAUUUUAAUUAGUCUUAUCCCAACUCACUUUACCGAUACAUGUAUGUUUUGUUGAAUAAAUAGUUCCAACAUAGCCAUAUUAAUUUAUUUGUAUUAAAAUUCUUAAAACAGAUGAAAUAUUAUAGGACUAGUAGUCCAAAAAAUGUAAAUUCAUGCAGCUUUUUGGUAUUUUACUGAUCCUUUUUAAUUUUAAUAGAAUUAGCUAAAUUACAAAAUUAUUAGUAAUUUUAAUCAAAAUUAGAUGACAUAACAUAUAGAAUAACAUAGCAUAAAUAAGCCACGUCACGCUAAAUUUAUUUAAUUUUGAUUAAAAAUAGAAAUUGGCAAAAAUAACAAAUGACUAUGAAAUCAAAAAUAUAAUUAAUUAUUUUUUUCUUUAAUGAUUCUUUGAUAUAUAGUCAAAUAUAGAAAAGAUAAAAAUGUUAUUUUCUUCUCUCCCCAGCCCACUUCCUCUUCUCCCAUUCUAUUACCGUGAAUAAUGUUAAUUAUUACUAAAUUUCGGAUUAAACAAUGAGAUUAAUACGUCUUAAUUAAAGGCCCUAACACCUUUUUGGCACAAUGCAAAUGAAGUCAACUUUGGGCUAUUCUCCUAACAUGGAGCCAUACGUUUGGGCACAUUUUGAUGUCAUGUAGCCACUCAUUUGAAAGACCUUGACGAUUGAACCCUAAUACACAAAAUUUCUUUUUAUAAUUAAUAGUUCAAAAACUACAAAUAAUAAAGAAGAAAGAAAGAAAAGCACACUGUAACAUGCACUUGUGUGAUUUUCAAAAUCUUUUAGUGCUGAGCUGCCCAAUCAAAUCCCAUAAGUGACUUGUUUAGCAGCUAUCUCUUAUCUGUUUGGUCUAAUUUGGGAUAAAAUAAGUACUUCACAUGCUCCCCACAUUUCUUCACAAUAAUUAAAAAUAAAUAAAUAAAUCAUUUUCAUUAACUCUGCACCUCCUAGAUUAUUGCUACUAAGUUUAAUUAAAUCAAUAAUUUAUUUAUUUUAUUUUACGUCAUCUUCCAUUUCCAUUCCUUUUCUUUCUUUGGUCAUCAUUGAUAGAAAGUUGAUGAACUUCUUUGCAGUUCUUGAUUUUAAGCAUAUCUUCACGGCAGUUCCUGAAUUUCGAUUUAUAUCUCAAAGGGUUAUUAGUUUCAAUGACAUUAAAUUCUUUUUCACCUAAUUCAAAAGAAGGAUUAAAUGCAGCACUAUAAUCUAAUAUUAAUUUAUUAUUUUCGUGAGUUUUAGAUAUUUUUAGCGUCAUGAUAAAAUGUAAAAAAAAUUCUCCUGAAAUUAAGUUUAAAAAAUAAAAUAGUGUUGCUAAAAGGUGAAAUAUAAGAGUUUUUUUUGUGAUGUCAACUAAAAUUUUAAGACUUCAAUGAAAAAUAGGCCUAAAGUUAGGGAGUAAAAGUGAAAUUUACCUUGGAAAGUGAGUAUACUUUAUCUUUCUUUCCUUUUUUUUUUUUUUUUUUUCUAUAAGCACUAAAUUCAGGAUGUCAUAAUCUGUGAGUUAUAUAUAAGUACAGUCCUUUUUCUAUGUAAUUUUUUAAUAUAAAAGUGAGAAAUUCUUAUAAAUAAAUAAGCCAAAUUUUCAAAUAUUUUCACUUUUUUUGAUAAAUAGGACGAACUUAAUUGAAUUGGAUCAAAAACUGAAAAUACCUGCAAGAAAUUACAUUAAAAAAACUAUAAAAGAUAUUCAAAUGGCAAUAUAAUUUAUCUAUUAAUUAUAUUCAAAUAACUAUUUCUAGUCACUUCAGAAUUGAUCUAAAUCUAUAAAUAAAAUUUAAUUUGUCGCCUUUUAUCAAUGGGCUCUAUACUCUAUAUAUCCUCGUCUCAUUUUUCUUUUUAAUUCAAUUAAUUCAAAUUUCUAACAAUUUUUAGAUGAAAAGAAAAUGCAGCAAAAACCUCAAUUGGCGCAGUGGAGGAAUUAGGGGUAGAAAAUAAAACCUAUAAAGUCAGGAUAAUUGAGAUUGGGGUCCAAUCAAAAGAAAAUCUCAAAAUCAAACAAUGAGGAAUCUGGUAUAUAAAUAUACUUCAAAUGUUCUUUAAUUUUGAUUCCAAUCUUCAAUUAACAUAUAGGCGGUGAUAUAUAUGCUACAUUUUGAAGCAAGAUAUCCUCCUUUCCACUGCAAAA